AUGUGCGAAUGUGCAGAGCUGCUUCACAUGCGUCGCCAAGCGGAGGUCUGCAAAGAGCUCUAUCCCGACCAUGAGAUUCUUAUCCAGUCUGUGCCCAAGGGUGGAAUCACCAUACGAACGCUCCCAGCUUUUGGAGGCAAAUUGAACCGAGUGGUUGGGUGCGGGGAGGAGGGUGCGUUAGCCGAUGCUGACUUGAAAGAACUUGAGUCCGUCUUCGCAAUAGUCGGACUCAAACCCGAGAUCCAUCUGAGUCCGUUUGCACAACCGUCCGUUUCCGAAUUCCUAGUCUCUCGCGGAUACGUUGAAACGGCCACACUGGUGACCCACUGGUGUGACUUGAAGCAAGCCAUGUUUGCAGACAUGGCACCCUGCUCUACCGGUCCUACCGUGUUGGUGCGACGGGCCACAGCCGACGAGGCAGGAAGGUUCAUCGAAGCCUCCGCUGCGGGCUUUCAGACCAAUGGCCGCACCCAUGAGCUGCUCCGGGCGCUGGCAUCGAUCGCAACCCGGAGAAAGGACAGCACCCUGUACUUCGCGUUUGUGAAUGAUGAAAUCGCAGGCACGGCUGCGAUGGCGACGAUGGCGACGGCAGAGGGGCAAGUGGCCCACCUGUAUUUAGAUAGCACUCUGAUGGGACAUCGGGGACAAGGAGUACAGCUGGCACUCAUCCGGGCCCGUCUGCUCGACGCAGUGCGACAUGGACUCGACGUGGCUAGCUCGAUCACUCGGGUUGGACACGGCAGCGCCCGCAACGCGAGGAGGGCCGGGUUGAGGCUCGCAUACACCACGCGGAUUUUCAAUCAACUGCGGGGAUAA